AUGGCAUCAAGGUUUGAAAAGGAGCUUGAGUUUGUACAACUGCUUUGCAACCCGGACUAUUUGAGAUGGUUACAUACCGAAGGAUAUUUUGAAUCAAGCGAGUUCAAGCAGUACCUGAAGUACUUAGAAUACUGGAAAUCACCUGGAUAUUCGAAGUUUCUUGUGUAUCCGCAAUGCCUGGUGGUUUUGCAGUAUCUCAAUCGAAGUGAUGUUGAAGAUGUGUUUGCCAGUGGGUUUCUGCAGCAUCUUGGAGAGCAACAGCACUUUAUCUGGCUGAACAAGCACAAAGAGAAUUGGAAUAGAAAGUAA